AUGAGCACUGCCAAAGAGUCUGAAAGCGAAGCAGAAUUAUGCUUCAUGAACAAUGAAGCCCCAAUAACGCGAUUCAUGUUUCAAGAAGAAGGCGCCAAGGAGCAUACCGGCCAUAAAAACGAACGUCUACAUGCGGCCCCAGAGCCAUAUCGAGGAGAUACACACAACACUAUCGAUUGGGAUAGACCUGAAGACCCUCAAAACCCGAUGAAUUGGUCUUCGGCAAAGAAAAUUACUAAUAUCGGAACAAUUUCGAUUCUUGCUUUUCUAUCACCUCUUGGAUCCACCAUCACAUCACCAAUGAGCUCAGACAUCAUGUCAACAUUUGGUAUCACAAACACGACAAUAGAAGCUUUCAUUACCUCCGUUUACCUCCUCGGCUACGUCUUUGGGCCCCUGCUGCUCGCUCCCCUAUCCGAGAUAUACGGCCGCACGAUUAUCUACCACAUCUGCAACUUCGGGUUCCUCAUAUGGACUAUUGCUUGCGCACUCUCCAACAACAUCGUCUCCCUUAUUAUAUUUAGGUUUCUCGCUGGGCUUUCUGGGAGUGCUCCAAUGACGAUUGGGGCCGGAUCCAUUGCCGAUACGGCCCCGCUGCAUAAAAGAGGGCUUGCAAUGAUGGGAUGGAUCAUGGGGCCAGUACUUGGGCCUGCGUUUGGUCCGCUAAGCCGGUCUCGUUUUUCUUGGAACUCUGGUACUCCUCCAAGAGUCAUAUCCUUACACGAUUUCAAGAAGAAAACACAACGAUUGAAAAAAGAGACCGGUAACCGAUCCCUUCGUUCCUCUCUUGAUAGUGGCAAAGACCCAAAGAAGCUUCUCCGUAUAUCUAUCGUUCGGUCUCUCAAGAUGCUCCUUUUGCUGCCGAUUGUCACUUUACUCUCUCUUUACAUGGCAACAAUGUACGGGUAUCAAUAUCCCAUGUUCACAACAUUCCCACGAGUUUUCGAAGGGACUUACGGGUUUUCAAAGAGCGGCAUUGGGUUGGUGUACUUGGGCAUUGGAGUGGGAUUCCUUUUCGCCUUGGUUCUAAGCGCAGUACUUUCAGACCGGCUUGUCAAACAACUGACGAAAAGAAAUGGCGGCGAGCCAAAGCCCGAGUGCAGACUACCGCUUUUGUUUGUAGGCGCGGCGCUUGCACCCAUCGGCUUGUUCCUAUACGGCUGGACUGCUACCAAGAAUAUCCAUUGGAUUGUGCCAAUCAUCGGAUCUGCAUUUUUAGGAGCUGCAUCAUUCACCAUCAUCAUGCCGUCGUUGGCAUAUCUUGUGGAUGCUUACACCCCCUAUGCCGCUUCAGCGACCGCAGCGGCUAUUGUUUCCCACUCUCUCUUGGGGGCACUGCUUCCUUUGGCAGGAAACAGUAUGUACGACGCCCUUGGGGUUGGAUGGGGCACAUCGCUUCUGGGUUUCAUUGCGGUGGCCUUUGCUCCAAUACCUUUAGUCUUUUGGAAGUUUGGAGAGAGCAUCCGAACCAACGGCAUAAGUAAUAGCUAA